GCGCGGAUCGAGCGCAUGGAAAGGCGAGUGCAGCUGGUGAAGAAGGACAGCGAGCGGGAGAAGCAUCGCAUCUUCCAGGGCUUCGAGGUGGAUGAGAAGCCAGAGGCAGAGGCAUGUGAGAAGCUGCAGCUGGAGUGUCCCCAGGACCUGCUGGAGCCCCCCCCGACCCUGCAGCCCAAGCACUUCCCCUACGGCAGGAACGGGAAGGGGCACAAAAGGAAGCCGACGUUCGGGAGCACUGAGAGGAAGACGCCCGUUAAAAAACUGGUGUCCGAGUUCUCCAAAGUGAAGAGUAAAACUCCAAAGCACUCCCCGGGGAAGGAGGAGUCGGGCGGCUCCUUGGCUGAAACUGUUUGCAAACGAGAACUGCGGAGCCAAGAGACUCCGGAAAAGCCGCGGUCGCUGCUGGAGACGCCUCUCCGUGCCUCGGCCCCCCCGAAGGGCCCUGGAGCCCACCCCAAGGAGAAGGGCUUGGGCAGCGAGGCCGACGACCUGCCCUAUCUCUCCACCACCGAAAUGUACUUGUGCCGCUGGCACCAGCCGCCCCCGUCACCGCUGCCGCUGCGGGAGCCUUCCCCGAAAAAGGAGGAGACUGUAGCAAGUAAGGAUGGAGAGGAGGAUGGAGAAGCUGCUGUGGUGUGCUGGGCUGACAUAUCCCUGAAGUGGCUCAGAUGGACCAACCCCUCCCAGGGUUUGGCGCUGGGAUGAUGAACUCAUCCCUGUGUGAUGCUGUUGCAGAAUCUGGACGACAGCGUCUUUUCCAAACGGCAUGCGAAGCUGGAGCUGGAUGAAAAACGCAGGAAAAGGUGGGACAUCCAGCGGAUCCGGGAACAGAGAAUCCUACAGCGGCUGCAGCUCCGAAUGUACAAAAGGAAAGGGAUUCAGGAGUCGGAACCUGAAGUUACCUCAUUUUUCCCUGAGCCAGAUGAUGUGGAAAGUUUGCUCAUCACCCCUUACCUGCCUGUCGUCGCCUUUGGC